GACCUAUAUUUUAAUUUUUGGAUACCAUAAAGCGUAUCUCUAAUAUGAAUGCUUCGUGGUAGUCACGCAAAAGUUUCUAGAUUACUCGCAUGCGCAAUAAUUUGAAAAUAGUUCCUUUUUUAUUUAAUCUCAAUUUAUUGUAUUUACCGUUAUAUUCAUUAAUAUCUGCAAUUUUCAUGCGGUAUUAAUUUGUCUUGUUAAAGUAAAAAUUAAUUUAUGCCAUUACUUGACAGAUUUUAAUUCAUCUUUGGAAAAAGUUAUGGCUAAAGCGACAACGUGCAAAGAAGCUAUUCAAAGAUGGGAAGAAAAAACAGGCUUAGUCGCAAGCGAACAAAAGGAAAUAAUUUUAUCUUUCCAGUGGCCCCCAAUCGAGAGAAUGGACAACAGUUUAGCGACUUUGACCAAUGUCGAGUUUGUUAUCUUUUUAUGCAUUAACUUGAAGUAUUUAUAUGCAUCUUACAUCAUUCAAAUAAUUUUUUUAAAUGUUUGCAGAAAGUUAUCCUUAUCGACAAAUAUGAUAGAAAAGAUCAGCGGUAUUAAUUCGUUAAAAUAUUUGAAGAUCUUGUCUCUGAGCAGGAACAAUAUUAAAACAUUCUCAGGACUAGAGGCGAUUGGAGAUCAUUUAGAGGAAUUAUGGAUAUCUUACAAUUUGAUCGAAAAAAUCAAAGGUGUAAAUGUUCUCAAAGCACUCAAAGUUUUGUAUAUGGGUAACAAUCUUGUAAAAGAUUGGGCAGAAUUUAAUCGUCUGCAAGAAAUACCCAAUCUUCAAGAUCUGUUAUUCAUUAAUAAUCCUAUAUGCGAGAACAUGGAUCCCGAAUCAUGGCGCACGCAAGUUAUAAGGCGAUUGCCUGGUUUGAAAAAACUCGACGCGAUACCAAUUGUGCAUGCAGGUGAAGAUUAAAAUAGGAGGCAUUAUAAUCAGAGUGCAUCUGCUUCAAUGGAAAUAAUAUAAAAUUUAUAUU